CCGCUAAGUGUCCAUGGAUUCACACAUCGAAUUUUCAGACCAUCCGGAACAUUUCAGCCAUGAAUAGAAAAUCUGAAACCCAUGUCUGCAGAAGCCCAAGGGAGUUCUGGACUACCCCUCAUUUUGGACAAGGGUUAUGUCUUGAAGUUCAUUUGUGGGUUUAUCAGAACUACACUGAUUUGUAUCUAAAUCCGCCAUCAACUUCCAGUCUUCUACUAUACAUCACAGAACACACACAAACAUUUAAAUCAUAUUGGAGACAUGCAUAUUGGAUUGUUAAUAAAUGCCUCAAAGACUUCCUUCCUUCACUCUUGAUUCUCUGACCGGAAUCUGGUUCAUACUUGGCCGCCUCAACCAGUUAAAUUCUGAAUGUAGCAAAGUUUGCUGCAUUACAAAUGGUCCUUCGAGCCGGAUUGAGAGCAACAUAAAACUAGUAUGGACCCAGCAGUAAGUGAUGCAGAGACAAGGGAUAGACCUUGCCGCAGGACAAAUCUGCCACCUCACCUGGAUGAAUAUGAGGUUGGAUACCAACCCGCAGGGGACCCUCCUCCUAAAGCUUCUACCUCCUGUCCCAGCCAGCAUAGAAGCAGCUCGAGGAAGACGUCUCAUAGCGGCACCAGCUCUCAUUCCAGGACCAGCAGGCGUUCAGUUACCUCCUCAGGCGUUUAUCUACCACCUCCUCAGGCGUUUAUCUACCACCAGAGCUCUCUAGUGUCCAGACUGCUGCUUUGGAGGAGAGGAUUAAGCAGAGGCAGUUUGACAGUCUCUGGCAACAAGUAGAGGAAGAUUCACUUGCAGACAGGGAAUAUCAGCGGCUGCAGACACAAGCUAAAGAAGCUCAGCGCAUCCAGGAGGAGGCUCUCACAGCAAAGGAAGCGUUGUUCAAACAUCUAGAAAGACAGCGUAAGCUGCAUGAAGCAGAGACUGAGCUAGAGGUAGCGAAGCUCGUAUCAUCCAUGCUUACUACAGACUCUGGCUCAGCCACUCCUAUGCCUUCAGGCUCACCAGCUAGCUCUUUGGAUUCAACUCAUCUUAUUCAUAGCAGUCCAGCUGUGUGCCCACAGUCUCCCUCCUUGCAUCAGCAGCUCUCCUCCGAAUCACCAGUGGUGACAUCUUCCGUGCAGCCCUGCUCAGCUGAUCAGGUGAUGAUGGAUACUGGCUCUCAACUGUCACUUAAACGACUAGCGCUUACAAUACCUGCUACUGAACCGGUCAGUGCCCCCGAUGCUUCAGCGCUCCACUUGUUGUCACAGACAGCUCCAUCGCGAGUCCCUACAGUAUCUCAGACUCUCCCUACAACUGCACCCUCUGUACGCACGGGUCGUCCAGCGGUGCCACUGCAGCCCAUCACAGCCGCACUUACAAGUCCAUAUGUGAUACAACAGGCAUUGUUCCCUUCGGUGACCCCGCAUGCUCAGCCAGUGCAGCCUCCAGUUACCAGCCAGUGGACAUCAGCCCUUGAGGUGUCGUCAGUAUUCAAGCCCAGAAAGAGGUUCGCUAUACGAAAUGCAUUCACCGCUACUGGGCUGUGUUUAGCAGAGCACAACUAUCCCGUGGCUGCUCUCCAGAAGGCCUACCGACACCUGAAGGACCUACCACUGCCUCCUGUGGACAGAGUGCAACCGUUGCUCCUUAUUGGAUCUGACAUGCCGCAUCUCCUGACACCAGUUCAGCCCAUAUGCCAAGGCCCAAUUGGAGGACCCAUUGCUAUUCAAACAUCACUUGGAUGGUUCCUCCAAGGCCCGAUGAGUCCAAUGCAGCCCUCAUGGGGAUUUCAGCAAUGUCUUCACAUGACAGUUCCAACCAAUGAUGAUCUGAUCCACCAUGCGGAAAGACUCUGGCAAGUUGAAACCCUCCCGUACAACACCAAGAUGGUUACCAGGUCCAAAGAGGACAAAGAGGCUUAUACCUUACUACAGAAUGCAACCGUCAGGGUGACUGUAGACGGUGUACAACGAUACGCUACGCCAUUGCUGAGACGAAACCCUCUGAGUUUACUAAAUGCGGAGAAAACAGCUGUUCUUCCCAGCUUACGUAGCACUGAGUGCAUGCUGGCACGAGAUCCUGAGAGGACUAAAGUCUGCUGUAGUGAAAUCAGUAAAUUGGAGUUAGCUGGUUAUGUGGCCAAGAUAACUGCAGCGGAAGCAGACCGAAGUGCAGAGUCCUGGUUUAUUCCGCACCACAUAGUGCAUCACAAUGGUAAAGACAGAAUAGUCUUCAACUGCUCCUUCCAACACCAGGGACAGUCUCUGAAUGAUCAGCUGCUACCAGGUCCAAAUUUGUCUAUCCUUACUAGGUGUCCUACUGAGAUUCCGCCAACACAGUGUUGCUAUCAGCGGGGACAUCAAAGGUAUGUUCCACCAAGUACGCUUGCUACCUGGGGACAAAUCAGUGCUGCGCUUCAUUUGGAGAGACAUGUGCAGGGAUGCAGAACCUGACAUAUAUGAGUGGCAGGUACUUCCGUUUGGCACUACUUGCAGCCCUUGCUGUGCCAUCUAUGCCCUCCAACACCACGUCCAAGGACACAAAGGUGAUAUGGACAACUUAGUUGACAUAGUUGAACAUUCGUUCUAUGUUGAUAACUGCCUUCACAGUGUACAGACGACAAGUGAAGCCAAAGAGAUAGUGGAUGGCCUGCGGCAGUUCCUUUCCCAAGGGGGCUUUGAGAUCAGACAGUGGGCAUGCAAUUUACCAUCCGCGAUUCAACACCUACCCACAGAGGCCAGAUCUACAAAUAGUGAGCGCUGGUUAACUCAAAGUAGUGCUGACCUCCAAGAACUCACUCUUGGUCUGCGCUGGAAUUGUAUCAGUGACACCCUGGGGUACAAUCUACGUUGAGACCUUUGAGCCUACCAUGAGGAACAUGUACAGAACUUUGGCGAGUCAGUAUGACCCUUUGGGGUUCAUUAUCCCAUUCACAACAAGGGCCAAAGUCAUUAUCCAAGACCUCUGGAAGCACAACCUUGGUUGGGAUGACCCCAUAAAGCCAUUACCUUUAAGAGAGAAGUGGCUCGCUUGGGUAGCCGAACUUCCAAAACUUCCUCAGCUGCAGUUCUCUCGAGCAUACACCCCAGCUUCUGCCGACAAUCCUUCAGCCAUUCGAGAGCUUCAUGUCUUUAGCGAUGCAUCGGAAAGAGCCUACGGUUCCGUUGCUUACUUUCGCACCACAGAUGAGCAAGGGCAAGUUAUCGUAAACUUUGUCUUGGCCAGAUCAAGAGUGGCUCCUCGUAAAUGCUUGUCUAUGCCUCGUCUGGAGCUGUGCGCAGCCCUUACAGGUGCCCAGUUGGCCAAGGUGAUCCAAACUGAGUUGACCUUACCUAUCCACAGGGUCACCUUUUGGUCCGACUCUACCACUGUGUUAAAAUGGUUGACAUCGGAGUCCUGCCGAUACAAAGUGUUUGUGGGAACACGCGUGGCGGAGAUACAGACUCUAACAGAAAUGGCUGAAUGGAGAUAUGUGGAGUCGGGUCAUAACCCAGCCGACCACAUCACACGGGGUCUUACCCUAACAGAGUUGGCAGGCCCUCAUUAGUGGAGUUUAGGACCAGCCUUUCUGAUUCAGCCACCCGACCAUUGGCCAUCC